AUGGCAGGUUUAGAGUCAAUCAACGGAGGCAAGAAAUGGUACUCCUGCCCAGAACCAAUGGUACUCGGAGAGGCACCGAUCUUUCGGGCUAGUGACUCCACCCUACAUUGGGUUGAUUGCCUAUCAGAACCAUCAAGACUUUACAUCCUCAACAUCGAUGAUGAGGGUGAGGCAGUUGGAGAAGCUCGAGUACUGGAUCUCGAAGACAGCGUCACGGUGGUCUUUUUUCGAAAAGAUAAGCCUGGAUAUAUAGCUGCUUAUUAUCAAGGAGUAUGUUUUAUCGACGAAAAGACGGGGAAAAUGGAUAUCGUCAAAGAGAUCAUUCCAACCGAUCAGCGAGACGAGCUACGAUUUAAUGACGGCGGAAUCGACGCCAAGGGGAGAUUCUGGCUGGCCGAGAUCGACAAAAAAGCCAUGGCAUUUGGUCCAAACAAACUCCCAUCAAGUUAUGGGACCCCCCGGGGUCGUUUGUGGAGAUAUGAUCCUGAUGGAAGUCUUCAUAUGAUGAUUGACGAAGGGGUUAUCUGUGGAAAUGGACUCGGCUGGAGUCCAGAUAAUCAAACCAUGUACUUCCACGACUCCGUUGCUAUGGUUGUGUGGGCCUAUGAUUUCCACUUAGAAUCGGGUAGUAUCACCAACAAACGCCUACUGAUUGACCGACGAGAUUCAUUUGGAGAACCAGACGGAAUGGUAGUCGAUACGGAGGGAAACCUUUGGAUUGCAAUGUUUGACUCUAACCGGGUCAUGGUUUUCAGUCCUAGCGGUCGACAUUUGAAAGACAUUGUAUUCUCUGCAAGAAAUCCCGCAUGCACGACCUGGGGUGGUAAAAAUUUUGACAUCAUUUACAUAGCCAGUGGGAAAGAUCGUCGUGCAAACCCAGCGCCCAAUGACGAAGGGGGCCAUAUGUUUCGGUAUAAGCCAACAGAUGCUCGUGGCCAACCUAAGCACGAGUUCAACGGCUGA